CUUCCUCAUAACCCUUCAGCAUUUUGACUGCUGCUGCCAUUUUUCUCUGCUGCCUGUUCCUUCACACAUCUGAAGAAAAAUGGCGUCUGGAGUAAAGGUUCAUGAUUGUGUGAAGGACCUCUUCCAAAAAAUGAAAGUGCGUACAGGUGAUACUUGUGAGGAAGACCGUCUGAGAUUCGUUACAUUUCUAAUCGACGAAGCAAAGGGCGAAAUUGUACCGGAUCUAAAAAUCCUUCAGAAAGACCUGUGUGGAGUGGAUGAUCACUUCAAGCACUUUAAGAAUCAGCUGGACGACAAGCAGUGCCGCUACGUACUGUACGACUGCCACUACGAAACCACUGAAACCGUAAAGGAGGACCUGGUCUUCCUAAUGUGGGCUGCUGAUUGUGCAGGGGUCAGACAGAAAAUGAGCUACGCCAGCUCAAAGGUCGCUCUUUCAAAGUGCUUUGAUGGUGUCAAGGUUAAUAAGAACAUCAAUGACUCUGCAGAAAUUGAAAGGGGUAGUUUCACAGAAUUGCUUGAGUGUGCUACUGGAAAAGUCAUCAUCUCACUUGAGGGCAAGCCCACGGGUCAAGGUUGUUCUCAACAGAGGGUUAAUUAAACAAACCAUCUUUCCCCUGUUUCAUAGCAUAAGAAAUCUAGAGGGAUAUUUGGAGGGGAAGGGGGCUUAAAGGGAAGGUUUGGGCUCUUGAUGGGAUUGGACUCCUUUUACACAAACCCCUGACGUUUGUCCCCUACUGAACUCUCAAGUCACUCCAGGCUGUGAAAUCAGUCUUAUUCAGAUGUAAUUUUAUUCCUUUUUUUUUUUUUGAGAUGGGGCUAUUUUCUGUUUCUUGACUCUUAGUACAUUUAUACUUCUCAUCUCAGUAAUUUCCUGUUUUUAUUUCCAUACACACUGUUUAAGAUCCCACCAUACCAUUGUACCUUGUGUGUAUGUUCACUGUAUCCUGUAAAAUAUCCCUAUGAGUUUACGAGGUUAAAAUGGCACAGCCUGUGUGUUUUGACGUGAAUCUGUUUUUCCUAGACUGUUACACAUUUACGAAUACCUAAUAAAGAUUUAAAAAAUUGUCCAACUUUUACAAAGAAACAAAGUUUUUUCUAAGAAAUGCUCCAAUGUCUGAAUAUUGUCAAAUAAAUUCAAUGCAACCAAA